ACCGUCAAUGGCAGGAGUUAUGAUAUGGAGCUCCAUAUGGUCCAUUUAAAUCCAGAGACGAAGGGGAUUGCUGUUGUGGGUGUGCUGUAUAAGGCUGGCAGCCCAGACCAUUUCCUAUCCAAAUUGAUUAAGGACAUUAAAUCCAUUGAGCACGACGAGAUGGACAAGAACAAGAAGGAAGAGAUUGAGAAGGAAAUGGGUGUGAUGGACCCUAGAGAGAUCAAGAUCGGAGGCAAGAAGUAC